UUCCUUCUCAGCAGAGCCCAGCAGCAUCUGGGCUAACUGAGCCGGCAAGAGACAGGUGUCUGUGGUACUCAGCCUCUCCGUUUGCCCAGACCAGGUUCCCGGUUGGUCCCUCCGUUGCCCUGCCCCACCUCCCUCAAGUGGGAUGGAGUCCCGGGCAAAGGGAGUUCCUUAACCAGACUGGGCUGGCCAGAAGUGCGGAGCAGUUCUGACAGGACCCGGGACUGGGAGAGGGCCAGGAGGGCCAGUGGUCUGAGCUCCUGCCAUUUCCAGAAUGGAGUUGCGAUCCUACCAGUGGGAGGUGAUCAUGCCUGCCCUGGAGGGCAAGAAUAUCAUCAUAUGGUUGCCCACGGGUGCUGGGAAGACCAGGGCAGCUGCUUAUGUGGCCAAGAGGCAUCUAGAGACUGUGUAUGGAGCCAAGGUGGUUGUACUCGUCAACAGGGUGCAUCUGGUGAGCCAGCACUGUGAGGAGUUCAGACGCAUGCUGGACCAACGUUGGACCAUUACGACCCUGAGUGGGGAUAUGGGGCCACGAGCCGGCUUUGGCCACCUGGCCCGGAGCCAUGACCUGCUCAUCUGCACAGCUGAGCUGCUGCAGCAGGCACUGACCAGCCCAGAGGAGGAGGAGCAUGUGGAGCUGAACGCCUUCUCUCUGCUCGUGGUAGAUGAGUGUCACCACACACACAAAGACUCCGUCUACAACAUCAUCCUGAACCAGUACCUGGAGCAUAAACUCCAGAGGACACGGCCCCUGCCACAGGUGCUGGGCCUCACAGCCUCCCCAGGCACUGGCGGGGCCUCCACGCUCGAUGGGGCCAUUCACCACGUCCUGCAGGACCCAUUUGGGGACAUGCUGAAGGAGCUCAUGGACCAUAUCCACGACCAUCUGGAGAUGCCUGAGUUGAGACGAGACUUCGGGACUCAGACAUACGAGCAGCAAGUGGUGGAGAAGAGCCAGACUGCGGCUGAGGCGGGACUCCAGGAGCAGCGAGUAUACAUGCUUCACCUGCGUCGCUAUAACGACGCGCUGCUCAUCCACGACACAGUCCGCGCGGUGGAUGCACUGGCCAUGCUGCGAGAUUUCUACGACAGGGAGCGCGCCACUAAGACCCAGAUCCUGCAUGCCGAGCGCUGGCUGCUGGCGCUGUUUGAUGACCACAAGAAUCAGCUGAGCCGCCUGGCAGUUCGUGGCCCAGAGAACCCGAAACUGGAGGUGCUGGAACAGAUCCUGCAGAAGCAAUUCAGGAGCCCUGACAGCCCUCGGGGCAUCAUCUUCACCCGAACCCGCCAGAGCGCUCACUCCCUCCUGCUCUGGCUCCAGCAGCAGCCGGGCCUGCAGACAGUGGACAUCAGGGCCCAGCUGUUGAUUGGGGCUGGGAACAACAGCCAGAGCACUCAGAUUACCCAGAUGACCCAGAGGGACCAGCUGGACGUGAUCCACAAGUUUCGGACUGGUACCCUGAACCUCCUGGUGGCCACAAGUGUGGCAGAGGAGGGACUGGACAUCCCCCGGUGCAAUGUGGUGGUGCGCUAUGGGCUCCUGACCAAUGAGAUCUCCAUGGUCCAGGCAAGGGGCCGUGCCCGGGCCAGCCAAAGUGUAUACUCAUUUGUAGCAGCCCAAGGCAGUCGGGAGCUGUGGCGGGAGCUGACCAACGAGGCGCUGGAGACUCUGAUGGAACGGGCAGUGGCUGCCAUUCAGGAGAUGGACCAGGCCGAGUACGAGGCCAAGAUCCGGGAUCUGCAGCGGGCAGCCUUGGUCAAGCGGGCAGCCCAGGCAGUCCAGCGGGAGAGUCGGCAGCGGAAGUUCCUGGCAGAGCACGUGCAGCUCCUCUGCAUCAACUGCAUGGUGGUUGUGGGCUAUGGGAGUGACCUGCGGAAGGUGGAGGGUGCCCACCAUGUCAACGUGAACCCCAACUUCUCGAUCUACUACAACAUCUCCCAGAAGCCUGUGGUCAUCAACAGAGUUUUCAAAGACUGGAGGCCUGGGGGUACCAUUAGCUGCAGGAACUGUGGGGAGAACUGGGGUUUGCAGAUGAUCUACAAGUCAGUGAAGCUGCCAGUCCUCAAAGUCCGUAGCAUGCUGCUGGAGACACCACAAGGGCGGGUCCAGGUCAAGAAAUGGUCCCUUGUGCCCUUCUCCGUGCCUGAAUUCGACUACGUGCUGCACUGUGCAAAGAAUCUGGGGGACCUCUCCCUGGACUGACCACCUUGUCACUGCAGUGCCCGACUCAGCCUGUAGGGGGCAGGCGAAUCCACAGCAGCAGACUUUCUCUUGGGCAAAGCCUGGGUCCAGUCCCUCCCUCCCUUCAGAGUCAAACAGCUCCCAGAUCCAGAUCCUGGCUGACCAGUAGCAGAGGAACCUCAGGCACCCAGGCUGGCUUGGACUUCCACACUGUGGAAGCAGCUGGAAAGCCACAUGCAACUCAUCCUCAGACCCCGCUCACAUCAGCACAGACACCUUCAUGUGCACUGGAUGGAAUCAGCAGGCAGGGGAAACUGAGGCAGGAGAAUGGCUACGCUGUACUACGAAUCACCACAGUUUCCUUUGGCCUUAAUUCAUUCCCUGUCAAGGCGACUUCUUUCUCUUUCUUUCUUUCUUUCU